GUGAUCUGGCCUCGGGCUGCCGCCUGCCGCAUUGGUAAGGGAGGGAGGAAGGGCACACGGGAGGCGGCACCUCGGUACUGUCCCGAGGCUGGAUUCAUACAUCACACCAGCCGAGAAGCUCACGUUUUUCCAGCUUUUCUCACACAGAAUCACUUCCUUUGUUUAGAGGAGGGGGUGGGGGAGGAGACGGAGGGCAACAAGGGAGGGGCCCGCGGGUGCCGCCGCCGCCCCCGCCCCCUCCUCCCGGUGUGCGGAGCCGGAUUGUCACUCAGCUCCCGCGCCGGGGGGCGAGGAAGGCGCUGGCGCCAGAGUGAAGAGUCUCGGCUGGCUACCACCUCCUGGACCUAACAGGCUAGCCCUGGCUUCUCCCGACGUCCUCCAAGGGAGCGACUCAUCCAGGCUUCGAGGUCUGGGGCUACUUGGGUAGACAGUUCAGGUGGCCAGCAGCUCUGCCAGCUUUGGCGUGACCUUGGGGCUGCCUAUGUCCCCCUCUUUCCCAGGCUGGCAUCCCCACCGCAGACUUCCUGACCACAGGUGUUGGCCUCGUGCCCCAGGGCGCCUGUCUGCUGAUGUGCCCAGCUCCUGCCCACCAUGCCGCCCUACAUCUCAGCCUUCCAGGCCGCCUACAUUGGCAUCGAGGUGCUCAUUGCCUUGGUCUCUGUGCCGGGAAAUGUGCUGGUGAUCUGGGCUGUGAAGGUAAACCAGGCGCUUCGAGAUGCCACCUUCUGUUUCAUCGUAUCACUGGCGGUGGCUGACGUGGCCGUUGGCGCCCUGGUCAUCCCGCUGGCCAUCCUUAUCAACAUCGGGCCACAGACCUACUUCCACACCUGCCUCAUGGUGGCCUGUCCUGUCCUCAUCCUCACCCAGAGCUCCAUCCUGGCCCUGCUUGCUAUCGCUGUGGAUCGGUACCUCAGAGUCAAGAUCCCUCUCCGGUACAAGACAGUGGUGACCCAGCGGCGGGCAGCAGUGGCCAUAGCCGGCUGCUGGAUUCUCUCCCUUGUGGUAGGCCUGACACCCAUGUUCGGCUGGAACAACCUGAGUGUGGUAGAGCAAGCCUGGACAGCUAAUGGUAGUGUGGGCGAGCCUGUGAUCAAGUGUGAGUUCGAGAAGGUUAUCAGCAUGGAAUACAUGGUCUACUUCAACUUUUUCGUCUGGGUGCUGCCGCCGCUGCUCCUCAUGGUCCUCAUCUAUCUGGAAGUCUUCUACCUGAUCCGCAAGCAGCUCAACAAAAAAGUGUCGGCCUCCUCAGGGGACCCACAGAAGUACUAUGGGAAGGAGCUGAAGAUUGCCAAGUCGCUGGCCCUCAUCCUCUUCCUCUUUGCCCUCAGCUGGCUGCCACUGCACAUCUUGAACUGUAUUACCCUCUUCUGCCCCAACUGCCAGAAACCCAGCAUCCUUAUCUACAUCGCCAUCUUCCUCACGCACGGCAACUCGGCCAUGAACCCCAUCGUCUAUGCCUUCCGGAUCCACAAGUUUCGGGUCACCUUUCUGAAGAUUUGGAAUGACCAUUUCCGGUGCCAGCCCAAGCCUCCCAUUGAUGAUGACAUCCCAGAGGAGAAAGCCGAUGACUAGACUCUUGCUUGCUCCCUCCAGCCCACACCCAGCGGCUCUCUGUUCAGCCCCCAUGUCCCCACUGUCCCACUGUUUCUCCUCAGCUCCCCCAGCUGGGCUGUGGAAUGUGGGAGGAUCUGAGGAGGUGCCAUAGAGGAGGGUCCCUUCUCCCAGGAGCCAGCUUCCCUGUACCUUGGGGAUCUGGAGGAGGCUUGGAAGUGGGACAGGCUAUGGCAGGGACCUGGGUGCUGUGACAGGGGUGUCUUGAGUGCCCCAUUCCUGGCUGUUCUCUGAGCAAUACAGAGAUUCAGGGCUAGAAUAUUCUGACCCCUACUGUCAGAUGGAGAAGCCAGCUAUUAGAUAAUGGUGGCCAAGGGACCAACCUUAAGGAGAGUAUCAGACCCCCUCGGAGGCAGGGGGAUAGGAAGAAAUGGGUAUAUCCUGGCUUUGCUGUCUCUCCUGAUCUGUAGGAAAUGAGAGCAAAUCGCAGGGAAGAAGACUUCAGCCCCACCUCCAAGGAUUUUUGUGCUCCUAUCCAUGCAGGUGCUGUGAUGCCUGCACUCCUUACCCUGAGAAGCUUGGGGUUAUACUUGGGAGAGGCAGAAAGAAUGGGUCCAGGGAUCCUCUCUCACAUUUGCUGUAUUCAUAGUCCGGGACUCCAGCAGGCCUUUUUAAGCCUUUGGGAACAAGCAUGGUGCAGUAGGUGCUGGCCUCCAAUAGCCAGCAGGGGGCAGCACCGAGCCCCAUUUGCCCUGAACUUCCUAGGAGUCUCCGAGGUAACUUUCUGUCUGGGCCGCCACACUUUACCAACUCUCAGAGACAGGCCUGGAUCUUCUGAGCGACAUCAUCUCUGCUUCUGGGCCCCAGAAGAGUGCUCCAGACAGGACAACCCCUGGGAGCAUUCUGCCUGAGUGGGGAGGAGGGUGAGGAAAGCAUCCCAGGUGACCACAGGCACUCCUGCUGUGGAGCUGUGAUAGGCCAGACCAGACCAAAGGAGACCUCUCUGUCUUUAGUGUGAGGGAUUGCCUUGCUGGCAAUUAAAUAUCCAAAACGCUCCUGAGGAGAGGGGGUGGAGGCGGAUUUAGCUCAGUUUUUAGGGUCUUCAAAGGCUGUAGGUUUUGAGGGUCUCAGGACCCAUCCAUACCCUGCUGAGCCUGGAUUUCUUCCCUGUGUGGACAGCAGGCAGGGGAGGGUGACAGGUUCUGAGUGUGAACAUUGACUCGAAGUCUUGACUGCAGGCUCUUUCCUCGGUUGGAGGUAAGGCGGCUCUGGCCCUCAAGGAGGCCCCCAUGUCUAAUAAAAGACUCUGAACCCCUGUGAGCGUGCAAUGCUGGCAUACCCAGCGCUGUCAGAGGGCAACCAGACCACUCAGCAGAGACAAUGAUGUAAUGGCUGGGGUGCGGGAGAAGCUGGGAGAGGGGAGCGCAGGCAGAUGGAACAAGGAAGGCUCCCGAGAUGGUGUGUCUGUUGCUAUAGUUACACAUUUAGGGUGGCACACUGUGAAUCAGAGAGUGAGAUCCAGAACACUCACAUGUCUAAAAAAUGCCCGUGUUGUCAUGAGACCCUUCCUGCUGGCAUUCUCCUAAUUUUGAUAGUGUCUCCUCUUCAGAGUGACGAGUCUCUUCCCAUCCAUCAUGACAGUCACAGCCACAGAGGCCCCAGGCUAUAACACCACACACCUUUAUUUGAAUGCUUCUCACCCCGUGUACAAGUCUGCAGGGGGUGCCAGUCUCCACAUCUUUGGGACCCUUGUACCCAGGAGGCCUGACCUGGGGCCUGCCAGGCCCACUCCUGGGUCUGGGCUCCAGACUCUGGUGGAGGGAGACCUCCAGGCACCAGAGGCCUCUCCAUUAGCUGUUCCUAUGGUAUCUUGGUCUUGGGUAUCUGAGGAGGGACAUCUGGGGCCUGGGGUCUGCAGGACCUGGCAGAGGAUGUUCUUCUGAGCCCUUCUAUGCGACCAAGCUGCCAGAAGAGAUGUUGGGGAGUCAGGUAGAGGGCCACCUUCACCCUUCUCUGUCCUUCCUCAGGCUCAAUUCCCAAGGCUGAGUUCUGCCUGAUGCAGCUCUAGAGACUUCCUAGUUUACCCAGAGCCUCAGAACCACCAAAUGAUGAAGGCAGGGCAGGGGCUGAGUCCUUCAUUUUCUGAUGAGGAAAAAGGUGCAAAGAGAAUGUCUAUGUUUACAGUCACUCAAAGCCAAGACUAGACCUGUCCUGUGACCCUUCCCUUCCCUCUGGACCUCAACAGCGCAGCCCAGCCCAGCACCAUCUUUACCAAAUUCAACACACAUGCUAGUUGUCUUUAGCUGCAAAAUUUCACCCAGGUCUGCCUACUGCCUUCCCUCACUACCCACCCCUUUCCAGUGACAUUUUGUGCCCGGGAGGCAGAUUCUCCCUUCCCAAUCUUCUCUUUGCAUUGUGCUCUGACUGGCAGCUGAAGGAGUGGGUUCAGACACUUACCUGUCUCCUAGACCCAGUCUCUGCCCGUGUUGCUCUUCAGUGUGUGGCAGAGGCUGAAAGAGAUCUACAGGUUAGAGCUUGGGGGAAGACAGGAGGGAAUAGAGAGGUUCAAGGUCAAUGAGCCCAAGGGCUCCAGUUCCCAACUAGGACAUCUUCCCACUUAGGAAAUCACACAAAGUGUCCUUGGCCCCUUUCUAGCCCUUGUCUCCUGCUCCAGUUUUCACUCCAAGCCACAUCUAGUCCAGCUCCAAAGAGGGACUUGCCCUGUCUACUAUAGCAACCUUCAGACUCUCACCUUUGACCUCCAACCGACAAUCCACAGAGGCCUCCCCUAGUACAUUGAUGGCCUUGCAAGUAUAGACCCCAGAAUCAAAGGGGCUGGGCUUCCGGAUCUCCAGGGUGCAGACCCCUUGCUCAGAAACCGCACGGUACUUGGGGUCACCCUGGAUGUCCAUCUUGUUUUUCAUCCAGAUGAUCUUGGGCUGGAGGUAAGGUCAGAUGAGGGAUAAUGACGUAAGAACACGGGUUGGAUCCAGCUUUCAAGAGAAAGUUUCAACCCUGCAGCCUCUACCCACCUCACCAGCCCAGGACCGCUCACCUUAGGUGACGCUCGGACGCUGCAGAAUAGUUGAGUGCUGUAGCCAGGUGUGGAGGUGUGGUCAGCCAAGGGCUGGGUGAAUGAGGGUGCUUCCGAGAAGUCUCGCUCAACAAACUCUCUAGGUUUGGCAGUAAUAUCUGGGUUCAGGGGGGAUACUGAAGUUAGAGGAGUGCAGGGGGCUUCAGAAGACUGGCCUCAAGCCCACACUCUGGGAUGCUCAUCCUGGCCAACGUGGGACACCAGAGAAAGAGGAGUGGGUGAGAAUACCAGAGCCACAGAGGAGUGUGGCAGAAGGGGGCAUCCCAUUCCAUCUCUGUCUUUGAGACCUGGAUGGCUUUCCUUUUUGAAACACAAAAUUCUUAUGGCUGUGCCACACUGGCUGAUGUUAAAGAGAGUGGCUUCCUUGGAGAGUGAGAUGCUCAGCGGGUAAGAGUCGUUGCCACCAAGCUCGACACCAUGAGUUCAAUCCCGGGACUCACAUGGUAGGAGAGAACUGACAAGUCGUCCUUAGACUUUCACAUGCACUUGUGCAUGUGAAUACACACUCACACACCAAUAAAUGUAAUUUAAAUGAAUAA